UGACCUCCUGCCAGUGCAGGGAGAGGGGACCCUCUUUGCUCUCUGUGUGCUGUGUAGGUGUGGAAGGCUCUGACAGGGAGAGGACCAGGACCAUAACCCUGUCUUGGUCAGCCAUCGCCCAUUGGAAUAGUACCGGAUCUGCAGCUGCAAAGUGAUCCACUGACACCUACACCAGCUGGCCACAGCCACGACCCUGGUAACGCCUGAAACAUGGCACAGGUCCAGAAGAAGACCACCACCAUGUCCCUGACCAUCUCCUCCUGCUCCAGGGAAACGUCCUCCACCAGUGUAGUCCAGCAGAGACACUCCAGCCUGGUGCAGCCGCUAUACAUCAGCCCCCAGAGGACGCAAAGUCCAUCUUACAGCCAGAAUUAUUCUGGGAAUGGAGGUGUAGCCCCAACAUUUGUAAGGUGUCUGCAUGAUGUCAGCACAGUGAAGGGGCAGUUGGUCGUUCUGGAGUGCCGCAUCCGUGGGACACCACCUCUACAAGUGCUGUGGUACCGGGAGGAGGAACAGAUUGUGGAUUCUGCAGACUUCCGCAUUCUGAGGAAGAAGGCCAGUUCUGCAUCAGUACCUGAGGAGCUGUGUACCCUCGUCAUCACUGAGGCUUACCCAGAGGAUUCUGGGGUUUUUAAGUGCAUUGCGGGGAAUCAGUAUGGCACGGUGUCCUGUAGUGCCCUACUAGAGGUGUACGCAGACUUGGAUGAGGUUUUGGCAAACGAGGAGGCCCCAGAGGAGUCCGCCGGGCAGGAACCCGACGACUUCCCCUCAUUCCUACGGGAUGCCGCAGAGAUCCCUCCCCCAGAGUGGCCGGACAGCCCAGAGGAGGAGGCUGCCCCCCUGUUGGAUGCGUCUCCAGAAUUAGAGCAGCUGAGUAAAACUGUGGCUGAGCCCUACAGCCCCUCUGGAGAGAGCAAUCACAGCUCAAUAUCUCACAACUCUCCUGAAGCCCGCAGUCUCACCCCGCCACCACCGGCCAAGGAAAAGCCCCCUUCGCCCAAACCGCCCUCCAGCCUCAGCAAAGCCAGUAUUAAGCCCAGCAGUCAGCGUGAUUCGGGUGGCAGCAUGAGCGUAGCCGACCUGCCGACCUUUUCCCCCUCCCUCUACCCGCCCACGGGCUUCAACUAUGAGCGACCCCGCCACUUCAUCCAGUCGCAGCCCCACUUCCAGGCCCCGAGCUAUGAGAGCCUGCAGGUCUCCAACGGAAACGCGAAGGCCUCCCCCUCUUCAUCCACGCUGAGCUCCCCGAUCUCCACCCCUGCGUCCUCAGUGAGCUCCCCCCGGGAGCCCCUGCCAGCCCAGCCCGUCUCGCCCUCCCGGGGCCCCAUGCGGUCCAGCGUCACGCUGAUCCCCAAAGUCGCCAGUGCCCAGCCCUCCCAGCAGUCCGCCCCGGCUGCCUUCCUCUGCUCUGUCCUGCCGUCUCAACCUGCGCCCCAGCCCAAAACGGCUCCCGUCCCUCCCCCCAAGCCCACCUCCCCAGUCAGCUCCCCGCAUUCGCCCACCCCCCCAAGCUCCCUCCCUAAGACCACCGACACACCUCCGCAGACUGCCCCCCUGUCCUUACCUGCCAGUCACUCUCAGUCCCCCUCUCCCCCCAAUAACUCCCCUUCCCUCCCCAAGACCACUGCCACACCACAGCAGAAUGUGGCCCCAUCUUCAUUCGUUUCUCUACCUGCCAACUACAAAGGGACCUCCAACAGUCUCCCCAGGCCCAUACUGAAGAAGGCAGCCUCCAGGCCAGUAUCCCGGUCCACUGAUGAGGAAAUCCAGGGCUCAAAGGAUGCCCUCAUUCAGGACCUAGAAAAGAAACUGCGCAGCAAGGAGGCACGUCGGAGGAAUAACAGCCAGAAGCUGUCCUAUGAGGAGCGCAUGGCUCGGAGGUUGUUGGGUCCAGACAAUGCAGCCUCAGUCUUUGAUCUUGAGAAUUCUCCAGACUCACAGCCUGACCAGCCAGAUUCGCCAGAGGGAAGGCACACUGGAGGAAUAUGGAGUGCGCAACACUCUGGGACUGAUGGCAAUGAGGGCUCAGCCAUCCAGGAAAAGUGUUACGCACCUCGCUUUUUGCAGGUGCCCCAGGAUCUCACUGUAGAGGAGGGCAGGUUCUGCCGGAUUGACUUUAAGGUCGGGGGCUUGCCCACCCCCGACGUGUCCUGGUACCUGGAUGGAAAGGCCAUCCGCCCAGACGACUACCACAAGAUGCUGGUGAGCGAGAAGGGCGUGCACUCCUUCAUCAUCGAGAUCGUGACGGUGCACCACGCCGGCGUCUAUGAAUGCGUGGCCAAGAACCGCGCUGGCGAGAGUAGAUUCUCCCUGCGCCUGGACGUCAUCGCCCAGGAGGUGCUGCGACCCCCGACCUUUGUGCAGAAGAUGCUGAACUCCCGGGCCCUGGAGGGGGACACUGUGAGGUUGGAAUGCAGGGUCGCUGCCUCCCCUCCCCCUCAGCUCUACUGGAAGAAGGACAAGGAGAUGCUGCGCAUUGACCCCAACAGAAUGAGCCUGUACCAGGACAACACAGGAAGGCUGUGCCUGCUGAUUGACAGGGUUGAAAAGUCAGACGCAGGCUGGUACACGGUGUCUGCCAUCAACGAGGCCGGCAUGUCCACCUGCAACGCCAGACUGGAUGUGGGAACUCGCUUAAACAAGGCUGCCCCCGCAGGCAAGCAAGUGAAAGCGCGCCCAGCGAUCAGCCACUUCUCUGCCUUGAGCCCAGACAGCGGCUCACGGCAGCCAGCUCCUCUGUACGAGAGUGAAGAGCUAUAGACGGGACGAAGCUGUCGUUACUAAAACCCUUGCAUUUGUGUGCUGCCUUUCAUACCUGCCCUCAGAGUGUCCGCCGAAGCCUCUCUUGCCCCCAGAGAGGAAAUGGGGUUGGAAGGGGCAGGUACCUGGACAUGCAGAUGCUGCUGCCUUUCUCCCAGGACAGCCCACUACACCCUCCCGCAUUUCUCAAAUGCACUUUAGUUUAAGCCUCUCCGGUCCUGUUCCAAAUGACAGCCAUCAGUCACCCCCUCCUCCACCCCAAAGGAAACACUUUUUCCCUCUCCACGUUUGUGCUGAAAAACAAGGCCUUCGCUCCACCUGUCAAAUGCUGUCCCUGUGGUUUGCUGAUGUAGCGGUUAGAGGAUGAUUUGUGUAUUAGAUUAUGAAAGUUGUCACUUGUCUUGACAUGUUUUUAUGACACGGAACUGCCUCUAGUGAGAAUGUAUGUCCAGUGAGGUUUCUUUCUAUAAAAACGUUAAUAAAAUGAUUCUAAUAUAUUAACUAUUUAUUGGGAUACUGGUACUGAAAUGCUUGGCCAGACUCAAAUACUACCCAAACUCCCUGCUAAGUAAAGGAUUUGCAUUUUUUCCACCACUAGAGAAAGCCACGGUUUGGAGACAAAGACUUGAACUGCAUCCCUCUGUGUAUGUAAAAACUGAAUGGCUACAUAAUAAAGUCUUCUUGACAGUA